AAUAUUAAGGCAAGGCAAUACCUACCACUGAUAACUCCAUGCUUCCAUAUUUAUCCCCACCAUUACCACAAGCCUUCCAGAAUUCCAUGUGGCUUUCUUGCCAUUUAACUCUCUCAUUUCCUUAUUCAAAGACUCAGUUUUUAUGGCUUCUUGAUUGCUUUCCCACCUGGGAAAUCAUCAAAACUUGAUCUUUUUAUGAUCAAAUUGAUUUCUUGGUUGACCAACAUAGAUUUUUCAACUUAAGGUCACUUCUUUAAGUAGGAAACCUUGUUUUUUGAUCUCAUCUUAGCUCACUGCAGGUGUCUUGAUUUAGAUAGAAAUGGGAAUUGUGAAUGAUCUGACUAGAGAGACUCCAAUUUUUCAUAUUCCGGUGUGGGGUUUAGUGCUGAUCUUUGUGCUGGUACCGGUGAUUCUCUUGGUGCUUCCGAUAUGUAUUUCAAGAAGGAAGUCAAGGGUGGGUAGUGAAAAGCUUCCGGUUAGCCAAAACAAAGUUAUGUCGAGUGAAAUUAGAGAUAUUAGGGUGGAUCACAAUUCGGGUAAUCAGUAUGCGUAUGAGGGGGAUCCGAAGAUCUUGAUGGACAAGUACAGUGGGAGAGAUCCUGAUAAGUAUUUGAUGCAUUUGGACCGGAAAAAGAAUGCUGAUAAUAGCAGUGGUUCUGGUUCAUUUAUUACUACAGAGAAUGGGGAUUAUGGUUCUGGAUCAGGAGAAAAAGGGACAAGUGGUAAAAAUAAGGCCUACACGCCUUCACGUCUGUUGAAUAAUUCUUCUCCUCUAUCCGGUCUAUCUGACUUUUCUCAACUUAGUUGGGGACAUUGGUUUACAUUGAGGGAUCUACAAGUAGCAACAAAUAGAUUUGCGACGGAUAAUGUUAUUGGCGAGGGUGGAUAUGGAGUCGUUUAUCAUGGACAUCUGGCUAAUGGAUCUUCUGUAGCUGUCAAAAAACUCUUCAAUAAUCAAGGACAAGCAGAAAAGGAUUUCAAGGUUGAAGUUGAGGCCAUUGGAAAUGUGCGCCACAAAAAUUUGGUCAGGCUUCUCGGCUACUGCAUCGAGGGAACACAAAGGAUGUUGGUCUAUGAGUUUGUCAGCAACGGCACAUUAGACCAGUGGCUUCAUGGAGAUAUGAGUCACCAAGGAUAUCUUACUUGGGAAGCUCGCAUGAAAGUUGUUCUUGGCACUGCUAAGGCGCUUGCGUACUUGCAUGAGGCUAUCGAACCCAAAAUAGUGCAUCGAGACAUCAAGUCUGGCAAUAUACUACUAGAUGAUGACUUCAAUGCUAAAAUAUCUGAUUUUGGAUUGGCCAAGUUGUUGGGGGCUGGAGAGAGUCACAUUACAACCAGAGUAAUGGGUACCUAUGGAUAUGUAGCACCAGAAUAUGCAAAUAGUGGCCUUCUGAAUGAGAAGAGCGAUGUUUAUAGUUUCGGGGUGGUGCUUCUGGAAGCAAUUACCGGAAGAGACCCAGUGGAUCAUGGCCGUCCAGCAGACGAGGUAAAUAUGGUCGACUGGCUCAAGUCGAUGGUUGCUAACAGACGGUCAGAAGAAGUGGCUGACCCGACAAUGGAGACUAAACCGCCCAGAACUGCUCUUAAACGGGCCUUGUUGGUUGCUUUGAGGUGUGUUGAUCCAGAUUCUGAAACGCGACCUUCCAUGAGCAAAGUUGUUAGAAUGCUUGAGUCCGAUGAAUAUCCAUUACCAGCAGAGGGUCGCAGACGCCACAAGAAUAAAGUUGCAGCUACCGAAACAGACUGUAGAACCUCUAACACCGCCAAGUAUAAAGUAUAUAACUUGAGGCCAGAGAACAGAGACAACCAAAGAGGAUAAAUUUACCAAGUUCCCUACAUGCAAUAAGGUGAAAGAAAAUACAAGUGCCUGAAACUGACAGUAAAGACUGGUGGCCAAGCAUUGUGUUAAACUGCCAUUUAGUCACUUAUGUUUGUUUGGUAGAAUAAUAGUAUUUAUUUUGUGCAUAGUAUCAUCAUAUAUAUAAUAGACUUUGCAAGUGCUGUUUCUAUAGCGCCUUUGAAAUUCCUGCUGAGAACUAAGGACGGUUUAGCAGUAAUGUUCCCUAAAUAUAUAAUAAAUAAUUUAAUUUUUAGAAAA